AUGGUUGGAUUUGGAGGAGUACAUGUAGGAAAUGAUGACGAUGAGAUGAACGAAGCCCAAUCUAGGUGGUGGAAAGGAAGGAAAGGAGUCAAAGGCUCACCUUGGGCAAAGAUGCCGCUUCUUACCAUUGGACUGCUCGGUGCUCAGAUUGUCUGGACCUCCCCAUAUCUCAUAUCCCUUGGCCUGUCCAAGUCUCUCAUGUCCAUGGUGUUCGUGGCAGGGCCGUUGUCUGCCAUGCUGCUACUAGGAUUCACAAAAGAUGUCGCUAGUUGGUUCUUGGAUCGGGAAUCAUCAGCUAACGCCACAUUGACCAUAUGGUUGGCCGUCCUGGCUAUCUAUUGCAUAGACUUUUCGAUCAAUGCUG